GUUGAUUUCGCUCAGCUUUAUGUUGACCUCGCCGUCAGAUUACAGACUUCACAGAUUUUGUUUUGUCAUUUUAGAUGAAAUAUGAGCUUUUAAUUUGUCUCCGCAUCUCGGUUUGCUCUCCCCCUCCCAACGCUGCAGCUGACUAACUAACCGAGCUCAUAGCAGGGAUGUGUGCGUGGAGGCGGCUGCACGGAAGCGUGCGAACCCUUCGUGGAUCUCACACCCGUGGAUCACUCACCUUCACUGCGGUGACAAAACGGCACCAAGGCCCAUGUGGAGGUUUAACUUUGUGCCAGAGCCUGAGCACAGGUGGAUCCUUACGGAGCGACUUCAUUAAAGACCUGGAAGCCCAGCUGACAGCGAUGAGGAAGAAGGCGGUGGACGCUAUGCCGGGUAGCAGCUGGAUGCCCUUCGAGAUCAACCCCAACCUUCCUCCUGAGACAGCGGACAUUGUGAUCGUUGGAGGAGGGGUGGUGGGCUGGUCCAUCGCCUACUGGCUAAAGCAGAAAGAGAAGCUCUCCAGUGGGAUGCGGGUCCUUGUUGUGGAGAGGGACCCAACGUAUUCCCAGGCGUCAACGGUGCUGUCCGCAGGUGGAAUCCGCCAGCAGUUCUCCCUGCCGGAGAACAUCCACCUCUCCCUGGCCUCUGCAGACUUCAUGAGGAACAUCAAUGAGCAUCUCAGCGUUGUGAAUGAAGACCCCGUGGAUUUGCAGUUCAACCAGUCGGGAUACCUCUUCUUAGCCAGCGAGGAGGUGGCUCACAUCAUGGAGCAGAACUACGAUACACAAAAGUUAGCUGGAGCUAAAGUUUCCCUCCUUUCUCCACAACAAGUGAAGAAGAAAUUUCCAUGGAUAAACACAGAGGGGGUGGUCCUCGCUUCAUACGGCCUGGAGAAUGAGGGCUGGUUCGAUCCCUGGAGUCUCCUGAACGCCUUCAGGAGGAAGGCCAUGUCCCUGGGGGUUCUGCAGUGCUUCGGGGAAGUCUCAGAUUUUAAGUAUACAACAAGUGUUAUGAUGACAGCCGAUGGGGAUCAAAUGGAUCUGAGGAGAAUAAAAUCUGUCAAAGUGCUGAUGCCAAACAGCAUGGAGUACCAGCCGGUGGAAUGUGCCAUUGUAGUGAACGCAGCCGGAGCCUUUUCUGGCAAACUGGCAGAGAUGCUGGGAAUUGGCCUUGGUCCCAAAGACUCCCUCGCUGGAAUUCCAGUCCCUGUUGAGCCUCGGAAGAGGUAUGUGUAUGUGGUUCACUGUCCUGAUGGUCCAGGGCUAGAUACGCCGUUUUUAAUCGACUAUUCUGGUGUUUAUUUCCGGAGGGAGGGCUUAGGAGGAAACUACAUUUCUGGAGCAUCACCGGAGGAGGUGGAAGAGCCAGACGCCAGCAAUCUUGAGGUGGACCAUGAAUUUUUUGAGAACAAGGUUUGGCCCAAAUUGGCCGAUCGAGUUCCAGCUUUUGAGAAACUUAAGGUGACCAGCGCCUGGGCAGGUUUCUAUGACUACAACACCUUCGACCAGAACGGCAUCAUCGGCACACACCCGCUGAUCAACAACAUGUACUUCGCCACCGGCUUCAGCGGCCACGGCCUGCAGCACUCCCCGGCAGUGGGUCGUGCUGUGGCAGAGCUCAUCCUGGAUGGAGAGUUUAAAACGUUGGACCUGAGGGGAUUCAGUUUCAGACGGAUUCUGACGCAGGAGCCCAUGUUGGAGCAGAACAUUGUGUAGCAGGGCUCGGAUUAAUGACUGUGCUGCAACUGCCAAAACUAUUACAAGUCAAGUCUUAUUUUUUUAUUCAGUGUAGUGUAAGAAGAACACCGAGGCUUCAAACCAGGAAUUAUUAGAUCCUGACAUCAAACAUCCGAGAAUUUUGACAUUUAUGUGCGUUUAACUUCAUUUUUUCAGUGUGGAUGAAUCAAUGCUGACAUAUGAAAAAGAAUUCAGGCAUGUGCAAAAGUCCCAGUUACAACUCUCAUUAAUGCAUCUCAAAGCUUUAGUAUGAAACUUCCUGCGCAAAAAGUAUAGCAAAUAUUGUCGUCAUUUUGAGCUACAACAACAUUUAAUUUCCCUUUGGGACUUCCAAGAAAUGCAAAACAAAACCCUCAAUCUUAGGACUCUACAGGUGACAAUUAGUAUGUUGAAAUUCAUUACAGGAAAAUUAGGAAGAGUCCAUAAACUGUAAAUGAAUAAAUUAAAUAUUUUAUUAAUACUGUAAGGAUUUAUUUUAUAAAGGAUAUGUUUCACAUUUGACCUAGAGUGCUUUUCAGAAACUGUACACCAGAUGGAGCUAUUUAGUCGUUUUGUACUUUCCAUCCAUCCAUACCCGCUUCUUUCGUAUAGGGUCACGGGGAGGCUGGUGCCUAUCUCCAAGUUGCCAGUCUACCAUAGGUCAACAAAGAAACACAGGAUAAACAACCAUGCACACACCCAUUCAUACCUACCGUCAUAACAGUCACGUUUUUGGAUUGUGGGAGGAAGCCAGAGUACCCGGUGGGAACCCACGCUUGCACAGGGAGAUCAUGCAAACUCCAUGCAGAAAGACCCCCGGCCAGGAUUCAAAUGUAGGACCUUCUCGCUGCAAGGCAACGGUGCUACCGUGCAGCCCAUUUUUAAAUAUUCAUCCUAGCCAAUGUCCUUUCAUUUUUGACACCUAAUAAAACCCAACAAGCCACCUGUCAGACACAACACAGUACACACAGAGACACACUGCAGUGCAACCAAAACACUUAAUAUUUGGCAGCGUUGUUAUGCACAUUAUUUAGACAAAUUUAACCUUGAGAAUCUCCUGCUGUUCAGAGGGUUAAGGGUCUUUAAUUUCUCAAACCAACUUUGAAUUUCUACUUAAAUGCUUGUUUUUCGAUUUAAUAUUUAGCAUUUUAAAAUAAAAAUAAAAUGAUCACUUGA